CUUUGUGAUUAUUUCAGAGGUAAAAUUGCAGACGAGUCAGAGACUUGGAAUCUUGCAAAAGCUGGUGCAUCCAUCACAUUUAACCUUGGAGCGAUAACAAAAUCCUUGACCAUAACAUGUUCAUUAUGGACCCCCGCAGCCCUUUCUCCGCCCAUAGGUAGCAAUGAGCUCUUGGUAAGCAAUGUGAUUGAACUGUCUCAUGAUGGCCCACCUGAUCUGGAGUUCAUGGAAAAUGAUUCGGGAAGCAUAGAUGUAGCUUUGUUGCACAGUGCCUCUAACUCCAAAGGGUACGAGGUGGUUAUAAAGCAGUUGGUUGACCCCGAAUACAACGAGUGGGAGGAUUUGGAGACAAAAAACAUUUGGCAUUCGUCAGGUGCUGAAAUAAUAAAUUUUACCGAUGAGAUCUAUACACAAGUAUCAUUCCAUAUACUUCUUACUAAUUUCCCAAUCCCUAGUUAGGAUCAUUUAAGGGAGAUGGGGAGCCGGCUUAGUGGUAAGCGCACGUAAUUCCAGAUCGACAUUUACAGUUUGAUGGUGCUGUGUUCUCGGGCAAAACUUAGAAUGGAUUAGAAUGACAACAUGGAAGUUCUCCCAUACGACCUCCAGCUUGGUUAAUAGGGACUACUGAGUAAUAAUUGAAACGGAUUAUACCCACAGGAACGUUAUUAACAGUAUCUUUAUGUCGUGGUCGAGAUUCUCUUACACAGACCGCUCUGUGAGAAAGAUUUAAGUAAUAACCAUAACUAAUGAUAUCUAUUACAGCAUUAAUAAUAAUGUUAUUAUAUUACAGUACAUCCAACCAUCCCCAGUUGGACGUGCCCUUCCGCUAAAGCUUCGUGCUCGAAAAGGUGGUUUUCCUCGUUUGCAGCAGUCUGGCGCCUCAAGUCUUUUGUCUUUCCUAAGCCUACGUCUAAGACCUCUGAGUUUAUCUGUUCACUGCCAGACUAUCCAAAUGUUAGUGUUGCGAUUCCAUGGAAUUCUUUGCCUGUCGAUACAGACUUUUCUUUAACUCUAAAGGUAUUUAUACCCGAUGUUGCAUUUGUAAGAAAUAAUUAAGAUGAUGAUGAGAGUGAUUAUGGCAUUUAUUGUCAUCAUUAUUCUUAUCAUUUAUAUCACUAUUUCAAUAUCUAUCAUUUGUUUCAUAAGACUUUAAGGUUAAAAACAAAAAAAACAAAUUAUUGCCGAGAGGGUAUUACCUUGCUAUAAAAUCAAAUGCUUUGACCUAAAUUACGGUCAAUAACAGAUUUUUUGAAAACUAUCAUGUUAGUGUGAGUGCAUACAUUUUAGCUGAAAAAGAAUGUUUAAUAAAAUCUAUUCAACAUCCUCAAUCCAUUUGGGAAACUACUAGUAGCUAACAAAUCUAUUCAACGUCCUCAUUUCAUUUGGGAAACUACUGGUAGCUAACAAGAGUACCUUGGGUUAUCAUAAAUUUUGUAAUAUGAUUGUUUUGGCUCUCUUAAUUUAAGGUGCAAGAAGCGCCAACCAUUGACCACAAUGUGGAAGGAAUGCUUGUUGGUCCGAUUCUUCACAUUUCGUGCUCAAACAAUGUAGAGCUGUCAGUGCCAGCGAAAAUCAGCCUCCCGUUGUCACUCACGGACGGUGAAAUAGAACUAGCGGAGCUGCAUUCAGGUCAGGUGAAGAUACUACAUUUCAAUUCGAGAGAGGAAUCACAAGAAUGGACGGAUAUCACAGAUCAUUUGGAUAUGCCUGUAGUCCUUAGAGAUGGAAUAGUGAUGUUUCAAGUCAAAACUUUCUGCCGGUAAGAUAGAGGUGUAGACCACAUUUUUAUUCUAUAAACUGUGUACAUUUUUCAUUAUUUACUUUGUUUAUUUUACUUUACCAUUAGUUUUAGAAACCAGAAGUCCGCUUUGCAAUUGUUGUGAAUCUCCAAAUUUCGUCAGUUCUUGGGUUUGAAUGUGACAAUGAAUGCAAAAGAGCACUGAAAAGUAACAUAAAUCAAUGUACACAAAGUGGUCAAGAUAACACAAACGAUUUAUAUUGCGAACUACUAAAAAUUAUAGGCCGUGAGGACCAUUUCCAAAUUAUACGCCUGAUUUUUGAGAUAUUUUUAUUCCACUGGCGAUUGAAUAGGGUAGUUAAAAAAUAAGAAACAUCCAGGAAGUUGGACAAGAAGGAUACUUGACGCCAGUUUUAUUGCAACGACUGCUCCCCAAAUGAGCUUUUGUUCUGCUGCACAGUAUAAUUCAAAUUCAAACGUAUAAAAUCUGUUGUUUUCACACGCAGCGAUUUCCACAAGUGAGUUACUUUACUCACAAGAGUUACCUGUUACCCCCCUCCCCCCCCUCUGCUCCGCGUUUUUCUCCCCCUCCUCCUCUCUCAAUAUUUGGUGCAUCUCUCGAGCUUCUCCAAGUUAUUCGAGCUGACUUUAAGAUAAAAAGUUCAGAUUGAAAAAAGUUUCUUUCUUGCUAAGUCCAAAAAACGGUCGUGUUGAUUAAUUUUGAGAAAGGUAACUGACUUGGGUGGAUACUUAAAAAGUGUCAUGGUACUUGACUAGAGAUUAUUUCCUCCAGCAAAUUUUUCUUCUCAAGAGGCUAACAUAAUUUCUAAUAAGUGUAGAUGCGCCUCUUAAAACGUUUCUUUUUGGUACACGAAGUGUACAUUUUCCUGCCGUUUUCUUUUAGGUUUUGGCCCUGGUUGUUGAAGACGUUCGUCAGCACUCCAUGGAAAAAUGCCACGCUUCUAUAUGAUGGAAUCAUGAAACGACAUGCUGGGUUUUUAGCUUGCUUAUGCAGUGAUGCAGUACCCGCGAGAUACGUGCUGAAAAUGUUUUGUUUCCCGCAGCAUUUAAGGUUCAAAGUGGAUAGCGAUAUUUCAUCAUAUUUUGUGAAUAUGCAAGGAGAAGGAACCUCGGAGAAACCUCUGUCUAGCGGUGAUGAGACAUGUGUGUCCCUUUCAAGUGGAUUUGAAGUGAAAGGAGAGAGAAAUGUAGAGGACAUCGUCUUAAAGUAAGCGCCAGCCCUUUUACGUUUUAUCGUUCCAUUCUCAUCAUUCGGGUUGAGUAAGCGGCACUGUCCCUUUGUCUCCUAGCUUCAGAAAACAAGUCUGUUACACGAAUGGAUUUAAAUUAUCCAUUCGAACCUCUUCCCUUAAGAAAGCUCAAAAUCUUAGAGAAAUUUACACUUCAGUACUCUAAAAUUAACUAAGUUCCUUAAGUAUGUUGUUCCUUCAUUAAGUUCAACCGAGAAAAAGCUAAAAUAACUUAAAGAUUGUUUUUUGCCGCUUACCAAGAUGCAGACUCAAGUGAUUUGCUAAAUCCGCUAUACUUGAAACCUAUGGAAAAAGUUGUUAUUCAUCCAAACUUUUGUUCCUUUUUUAUGCGAGGUUUCUUGGUAGCGAACAUUUUCUGGCGAGUCUGCGUGUUAGUAUUAAGGACCGGAGUGAUCUGCAAGUCGACUUCCUAAAAUCGCAGGGAGACAAGGAGAGAAAAAAUUCCCCAAUAUUAUGUCACGUGCCCAUCAUUCCGAGAUCUCCAGUACAGGUAUUUACGAUACUGCUGUUUAAAUGCAUAGAUCUGCAUUUUCAUUCAUUGAAAAAGAAAGUGUGGAUAAACAAAAAUUGCCGGUACUGAUGUCGUAAAUCGCCACGCUCAAACGAAUUUCAUUAUUUUGCCAAAAAUAACUGGAACUCAACCAAAAAAAAUGUGUUUAUAGUGAAAUCUUUAACAUUUCAUUAAGGUAUUAGGACCAUUAUAAUGUAAAGGAAAGUCAAAGAUUUUUACCCGUAGCUCUUUGUCAAGGCUUUCCUCGACAUACCUAUAUUUGGCAGAUUCCAUCUCCCAACUACCUUGCAACUUCAGCGGUUUUUCCAUACAUAAAUUUAAGCUGUUCCGAAUAUUGAAUGUUGGUCAUGUUAUCUCACUGAACCAUUCGUUUUGGAGACCACAGUCGUUUGGGUGGAAACUUAGGGUGUACCUGGCAGUGAAAAGCAUGUGGCUACACCCACAUAUUUUCCAGAGACACUAACUUGGUAGCAUGAGUUCUUGAUCCAUUGAUAUAAAUGUGUUUACAGUUCCUGUGAACGUUAUUGCUUGCUAAUGCUUCUCAUAGGCUCAAUAUGAAAUAUGACUUGACUGGGAUAAGCUUGGCUGUAUUAAUUUUACCAAAGCAAAUACAGCUUAAGAAACUAAAGCGGCCACACUAGGAUCCGGCCUUCCGGUCCUUUGAUCAAGCUUUUUUUUUUAAACAGUAGUAGUAAUCUGAAAAGAGGGAGGUGUCUUCUGGAAAAAUAGUUCUUUCGGGUUAAAUAAGCUCUGCUAAGUCGAUAAUAGUCUCGCAAAUUCGCCAUCAAAAGGUUUUGAGUAAGAUAACGAGGCCAUUUUAAGGCGGCACGAACCUUAUUUAGGACGAAUCACUAGAAACACAAGACUGAUGAAUGUCUCGUAGUUAAAGAAAUGUUCUGCCAACAGGAAAUAGUACAGGAACAUAUAAGAACUAGAAAAUUUUUGAUCUAAUGUACUACUUUUGUAUUUCAGUUGUUUUGAAGUCACUUUCUAUGUCUCUAUACUUAUUUUUUUUUAAUUUUUCCUAUUAUCUAGUCCUUUCUUUAUUUCCUCGUUUCUUUUCACUCCAUACGCACCCGUAAUAUUGCGAAUUUUCCCCUUUCCCUUUAGGAUUCUGUUCCUAGCACCUCUGAUUCUGAAGAAGGAAGCGGUAAGUUGUUUUUUUUUGUUGUUGUUGGUUUCGUUGUUGUUCGAAUAAAUACAAUUUACUAGGCCAGUCAUUAUUGUUCUAAAAUAUGCAAACUCAGAAAUGCGGGCUCUGUAAGUUUUGAAAAUGUAUAUAGCAUUUAGUGACGAAGCAAUGUGUUCUUAGCGCAAAGUCAUAAUAACUUGCCUUACUUCAUGUGUUAAUAAAUUGGGGCAUGCUCCCCUCGCGCUCAAUAGUGAUGGCUUAUUGUCUAUGUUACGUAUCAGUAAACUCGAUGCAGACCUUCACGGUACGUGCGACCUUACUUGUAAGGAAUUUUAUACUUGAAACAAGUAAAACGCAAAACAGCUUGGGAAAGACACAAAGAAGUGUAAUUCUUUAAAAAAUGAUUCCGUUGGUUAUAUCGUUAAAAUAAUGGAGUAACUUUGACAAAUCCUUUGCAACCUGUUAUUGCUUUUCAAAUGAAAUCUUAGAUCAAAUAUGUUUCUUUUUAACAGCACCCUUUGUCAAAUUUGUCAAUGAUCAUUGUUACUCAGAAGGGAAAUCGAUAAUACUUUCUACUCCAAGUUGUGAAUACUGGGUCUUACCCGGACGAUCACAGUCCAGGAUCCCCACACCAUCGUUUCCGAACCAUAUGCACUGUGAAACUUGCUCUCUAGUUCUCAACCCAACCAUCUCAUUAAACCCAUUAUUCUGCAGGUAUUUCCGCCCAAAGUGUGAGACCUUCAAUUGUAGAGCAACCAAAUUCAGAAUCAUCUUUAUGCAGCCCUGUUGCGGCUUCUGAUAAGAGGAAACGCUGUAGGUAGUACCGAGAUUGAAAAUGUUGGGACGGACUUUCCUUUUUAUUGUAUUUUUAUCAAGUUUGCACACUUCUGUUAUACGUUUAUCUGUGGUAAAAUUUGUUUAUGAAGAAGGAGUGACAUUACGUUUAUUAGACAUCCUUUUCACCUUGUUGUGAUGUGAAGAGAAUAUAAAAUCACGAAUUAAAACUGGAUCACCAAUCGAACACCCGUGUAUCGUUAACAACUAUCACCUAUUCCGGCAUUAGCAGCUGGAGACUAGCUAAGAGACGUUCUUCAUGACUUCCAUUUUCAAGAUGCUUGUCGGGCCAUAAACGAAUGAAGAGGCCACAGAUAGAUAAUGAUUUCGGAAAACUUUUUAGGGAUUUAUUUUGAUAAGUUGGGAAAAUGGUUUCCCUGCUGCUGCAAAUGUCUCCUCGCCCAAGCCUGACAGUCUUUGAGGCCAACGAUUCGGUAUUGAAUGAUACCAAAAAGACAAGUCGCCUUUUGCUACAACUGUUCGCUAUUCGCCAAAUCCCUAAAGCACCCCUUUUCUAAUUUUUCCCUCUUCUUCCAUUAUUAUCCUCAGAUUUGGUUAAGGCUUAUGGACCAUCAGAUGACGAGUUAGGAGAUCUGUCUCUGGAACUUGGAGAAAAAUGGGGAGAAUUAGGAAGACAACUGGGAUUCAACCAAGCUGCAAUAGAUAACUUUGAUUUAACCAAAAGGGAGCUGGCAGAUAAGGCUUUUAAAAUGUUAAUGGCUUGGAAACAAAAGGAAGGCUCAAAUGCCACAUAUAAAGUUUUGUACGAUGCCUUGUGUAACAAAAAGGUGCAAUGCAAACUUUUUGCAGAACAGUUUUGUUGCGAUGAAAUUGUAGGAAAUGCCUCUGCCUAG